UGCUGAACAUCCAGCACAGCGGAGCCAGCGCGCCGAGGAGGCGGACCGACUGUAGCUACACCUCGGCCAGCGGUGCUGGGUCAUAGCGGUGGCGGAGGGGGGGCGGUGGUGGUGGUUGGGGCCGCGCACUGCUCUUCUUGCCCUUCCUGAACCGUGAGCACCGAGGACACCACCAUCACAUCGACGCGUCCUGGAAUAGUUUUUCUUUUUUCUUUUCUUUUUUUGUUGUUGUAUUUUGUCGCCCAGGCGCACCAAGUUGCUGCUGCAGAGGCGCACUCUUCUCCGAGGCUCCUCUCCCCCCUUUGCGCUCACAAUCCGACAUGGAAGAUGGUCCGUCUUCAACAAGCUGUUUCAGAAGGUUAACGGACUGUUUCCUGGGUGCAAGCUUGACAGAUGAGAAAGUGAAGGCCUACCUCUCGCUGCACCCGCAGAUGCUGGACGACUUUGUGUUGGAGAGUGUGAGUGCAGAGACGUUGGACAGAUGGCUGAAGAAAAAGACCAGCAGCAGGCCUGCAGAUGACACGUCAGCGAAAGAAGUCAGCAGGCAGUACCAGGACACAAAUAUGCAGGGUGUGGUGUACGAACUCAACAGCUACAUAGAGCAGCGCCUGGACACUGGAGGAGACAACAAACUCCUGCUCUAUGAGUUGUGCAACUGCAUCAAAACAGCAACUAAAGCUGAUGGAUUUGCACUUUACUUCUUGGGAGAAUGCAACAAUAGUUUAUGUGUGUUGACUCCGACGGGGGCCAAGGACGGCCCUCCAAGCCUCAUCCCCUCCGGCCCCAUUGCAUUUGGGACAACCAUUGCCGCUCAUGUUGCCAAGACUCGCAAAACACUGCUGGUAGAGGACAUCAUGGGGGACGAGCGCUUCCCCGACGGCACAGGGCAGGACUCAGGGAUCCAUGUUCACUCUGUCCUGUGCCUCCCCAUCAUCACUGCCAUCGGGGACCUCAUUGCCAUUCUGGAGCUGCAUCGGCACUGGGGCAAGGAGCCCUUCAACCUCAGCCACCAGGAGGUUGCAACAGCGAACUUAGCGUGGGCGUCAGUUGCCAUUCAUCAAGUACAGGUGUGCAGAGGCCUCGCCAAACAGACUGAGCUCAACGACUUCCUACUAGAUGUGUCAAAAACAUACUUUGAUAACAUUGUGGCAAUAGAUUCUCUACUUGAACAUAUUAUGAUAUAUGCAAAAAACCUGGUGAAUGCGGACAGGUGCGCACUCUUCCAGGUAGAUCACAACAACAAAGAACUGUACUCCGACCUGUUCGAUAUCGGGGAAGAGAAAGAAGGAAAGCCUGUCUUCAGGAAAACCAAAGAAAUUAGGUUUUCUAUAGACAAGGGAAUAGCAGGUCUGGUGGCUCGGACAGGGGAAGUCUUAAAUAUCCCAGAUGCCUAUGCAGAUCCUCGGUUCAACCGAGAGGUGGACCUGAAAACCGGCUACACCACGCGGAACAUCCUGUGCAUGCCCAUCGUGAGCAGGGGAAGCGUAAUAGGCGUGGUGCAGAUGGUGAACAAGCUAAGCGGAAGUGCCUUCACUAAAACAGAUGAGAACAACUUUAAGAUGUUUGCUGUCUUUUGUGCUCUGGCCUUGCACUGUGCAAAUAUGUACCACAGGAUCCGGCACUCUGAAUGCAUCUACAGAGUGACAAUGGAGAAACUGUCCUAUCACAGCAUCUGCACAUCGGAAGAAUGGAAGACCCUCACCCAGCUCAACCUCCCUACACCUAUUUAUAAAGAGAUCGAAAUGUUCCACUUUGACAUCAAUCCCUUUGAGGAGAUCUGGCCCGCAGUCUUUAUCUACAUGGUUCAUAACUCCUGUGGAAAGACCAGCUUUGAGCUGGAGAAGCUGUGCCGGUUCACCAUGUCUGUACGGAAGAACUACCGACGUGUGCCAUACCACAACUGGAAGCACGCGGUGACGGUGGCGCACUGCAUGUAUGCCAUCCUGCAGAAAACCUCUGGGAUCUUCACAGAGCUCGAGAAGAAAGGUCUGUUGAUAGCCUGCCUGUGCCAUGACCUGGACCACCGGGGUUACAGCAAUGCGUACCUGCAGAAGUUUGACCAUCCACUGGCUGCUCUGUACUCCACCUCCACCAUGGAGCAGCACCACUUCUCUCAGACCGUCUCCAUCCUGCAGCUGGAAGGGCACAAUAUUUUCUCCAACCUGAAUUCCAUUGAGUACGAGCAGGUGCUAGAGAUCAUCCGAAAGGCCAUCAUCGCAACGGACCUCGCUCUCUACUUCAACAACCACCAGCAGCUGUCGGAACUGCUGACCAAGGGUGUGGUGGACUUUAACAACUACUCGCACAGGGACCGUGUGAUUGGUCUGAUGAUGACAGCAUGUGACCUGUGUUCUGUUACCAAGCAAUGGCAAAUCACACGACUCACAGCCAACGACAUCUAUGCUGAGUUCUGGGCCGAGGGAGAUGAGAUGAAGAAGAUUGGGAUGCAGCCGAUCCCAAUGAUGGACAGAGAAAAGAAGCACGAGGUUCCCCAAGGCCAAGUGGGGUUCUACAAUGCUGUUGCAAUUCCAUGUUACACGACACUAGCAGAGCUUUUCCCUCCAUCCAACCCUCUACUAAAAGCCUGCAAGGAGAACCAUGGCCAGUGGGAGAAAAUUGCAAAGGGGGAGGCAGAGGAUGUGGUGCCUAGCCGACCAUGUGAUUCAGGCCCCGUCAAGGUGGACAACUGACGACCAAAGGGGUCUCUGGCCCACCAAAGGAACACAACCUGAGUCCUGCCACAGACCUGGAACUCCUGCAGAAGGAAGAACCCACAUGUAGUGUCAGCGGGAGACGGAUCAGCUAAAGGCGACUUGACUUUAAAAGAAAAAAAAAAACACACAGUUACCUCAUUGGGUGACGGAGGUGUCAACACUGGCGGUUUCACCAAUCCCAGAGACUGACAGACAGCUGAUGGGGCUGAGGGACUUCAACCCAUCACCCUACGUCCACUCAGCUUGGGAAUUCAUUUGGUAGAAUGGACCUGUGCUGUUUUGGUUGUUUUAUUCUGGUUGUUAUAUGUAUUUUAUUAUUUUAGCUGAUUCUUUUAUGGUCUUGUAUUUGCAGAGGCCUUACUCUGAACCUUUCACAGGCUAGGAUAUGUGAAAUGUUGUUGUCGGUUCAGGCUUUGUUAUUUUUUUUGUUUUUUAAAUGGUACUAUUUGCCUUCUGUGGUUUAUCGUACGUGCACUACUUCAGCAAGGUGUUCCCAGAGACAGAAGGAAUGUGUAGAGCAGAUGUAUAAUGUCACCUUAUUGAGAAGGUGGGCGUCAGAAUGUUAAUUUUAUUUAUCACUUUUUGAGCAAAAAUCCUUUGCAGUACUUGAAUAAAGUGAUACAGCCUAUUCCUAGGUGGAGAUUGCAGAAAUCCCCCCCGCAGCAUAUAAAACAAAAUAUAGAUGAACUGUGAUGAGAGGAGUUAGAUAAUGUGGACAUUUGUGAACGCAGUCACAAGAGAGUCACGGUGUUUCUCCCCGCAGUGGGACCCCACAGCACUGCCCCCCAGCUCCCCCUGACAUUUAGGAACCUGCUGCAGAAGUACAUGGACUCCCCUCUGAUCAACAGGAACUGACCCCGGGCAAGCAGUCAUAAUGUUUGGAGGAGGGAGGUCACGGGACAAAAAGAUGCACAAAUAGCACCACUGCUCGUGUCCUUUAUAGUCAGCACUGCGUACUACUGAGUCUCCACUGUCAUAACAAUAUUCUUACACCACUAUCACAUGUGAAUUAUUUACUUUUAUUCAUCAAAAAUCUCUUUCAUGAAUUAAACUCUAAUCUUUAAAUUGAAAUGAUUAUAAUCUUUAUUUAUAAAGCACUUCUCAAAACACAGUUACAAGGUGUUACAAGUUAAAAAAAACUUUAAAAAAAAUUAGGGUAAACAAUUAAAACCAGUACGAAGAUCCAACAACAUUAGAGCAUAAAUACAAGAAUAAAAUAAAACCUAAAAUGCUUAAAAUAGUCUGUAAGACCAGAACUAGAUUAAAAGUGAAUAAAUACAAUACAGACCCAUUGUCCUGAGAAAGCAAACCCGUAAAGAAUGUAGUCUUUUAGAGAGAUUUAAAAGAGAAUGAGGAGUUUUUCACUCAGCUCCUCAGGGAGAUUGUUCUAAAGAGCGGGGGUCCUGACAGAAAAGCCCCCCCGGUCACCUUCGGUCCUCAAUGUGACUGUGGGAUGGCGAGUGAGGCCUUAAAAUUCAACGACAAAAUCCUAAAAUCACUCUAAAAUUCUAAGAGCCAAUGAAGAGAAGCAAAAAUCAUAAUUUGCUUUCUUCUUGUAGAUUAAGUGAGAAAAAUAAACAUACCGCACAACUGUUCCCGUAGAUAAUAAGGAUUACUCUGUUUGCAACAACAGGUGAAUAACUGUUGUAUAUGUCAUAUCCAGAAAUCAUGCUUAUCUAAAACCUGGUGAAGGUGAGAUGGGUUUUAAAGAGUGCAGUGUGGAAUAAGUAGCCUACACGGUCUCACGUUUUCUCUUUCUCUCACACAAGCGGGUGUCCUUGCUGGUUCAAAGCUGUAGUGACGACACUGAACUUUCAUUUUGUCAUUUUGCUGUUGAUUCAGGGCCGACGCCUCAGCUUCAUAUCCUCCCGCACCGUCUCACCUGUUAAGCUAAUGUCUUCUUCUGGGACUGCAACAUAAACAUCGUUGGUUGACGUUGGAUGUGACGCUCCACUCAUAUCCACAACCAGGGGAAAAUAUAAUCUUCCCUUGACGCUCAAGUCUCCCAACGCCGUGCACAGGGGUUACACUUUUUUUAGACUCUUUCAAAUGAUUUCCCAAGAUCUUCCAAAGGACAAAUGAUUUUUUUUGUCUGAAACUGUCAUUCCAGUGGACAUUUGUCCCCCUCCAAGAAUGAAAUUACUGCUCAAAUCAUUUGUUUUUCCGACUGGUACUGUGGCUCCCCCAUCCCCUAUGCCCUACCCACCCCCCACCACCCAUAUUAAUGGUAUGAAUGUACAUUUUGAUGAAUGUUUUUUCGGUUGCAGAUCCUCGGUGGUGGCACCGUGUAGGUUGUAGUGCGCCGUCGGUUUCCACAACGUGCUCUGUCUUACUUUUACAGAAUUGCUUCCAGUGAGCUUCAACCAAGAGCAACAAUUAGCAUGCACCUAAACUGAAGUUUAUAUAUAGUUUUGCAUAAGCGGUUAAUAGGUGUAUAUUGUGUACAGCCUAGGAAAUAGUUUGUACAGACUGAGUUGUUCACUCUGAUGGUGCUAAACUGAAUGGCAGUUGUGUGCUUUCUGACUGUGUGUGUGUGUGUGUGUGAGAGAGAGAGAGAGAGAGAGAGAGAGAGAGAGAGAGAGAAUGCUUUCGACUGUCUCUUUCCCCCAUUCCAACCCCACCUGAGAACAUGGUUAAGUCCAUUACACUGCACUGUCCCUUCUACUUUUCAGCACCAGUUAUAUCCCAUCAUCUGCACUAUGUUUAGCUCAUGAUCUUUAUCGUUAUUAUUAUUAUUAUUAUUAUUAUUAUUAUUAUUGCUCUUAUUACUAUUGUUAUUUUCUUAAUUAGAGUUAAAUUUAAAUUAACUUAUAUUUUUUAUACAAAGAAAAAUAAUGUUGGCCUUUUUGUUUUGUACAAAGUGAAACAUCAAGAGAAACAAAACGGUCUAGACAUGUUACUGUUACCCAGAAUAAUUGAGGAAUGUCUCAACUGUAAAUGUAAGAGCAGUAGCCCAAAUAACUUUUAUUAAAUACCUGAAAAAUA